GGGUCCCCUAGUUUUUUAUGCUAUCCUUGCAUAAAUUUAUAAAGAUGAACCAUUUCCACUUUAAACAUCUUCCCUGGAAUUUUCAAAAUAUCCUUGUGAAUCCUAAGGGUCAGAGCUUGAGGUCAUAGACACUGACACUUUAGGAGAACAAAUGUCCCCUAGAAGUAUGUGAGGAUGUAUUUAGAAACAGCAGGGGAAAUAUGACAAAGAAAUUCCUCUACUUGUUGUAAAAGGAAAAAAAUUGAAGGAACAAUAAUAUGCUCUCAAUUACAAUAUUAUAACCCCUCAUUCAUCUCUCAACAGACAAGGUGGAGAUGAAUAAGGAGAAUCACUCCUUGGUAGCUGAGUUCAUCCUCACGGGAUUUACAUAUCAUCCAAAGCUGAAGACUGUUCUGUUUGUGGUGUUCUUUGCCAUCUAUCUGGUCACCAUGGUGGGGAACAUUGGUUUGGUGGCAUUGAUUUAUAUAGAGCAACGUCUUCACACACCAAUGUACAUAUUUUUAGGCAACCUAGCUCUGAUGGAUUCCUGCUGUUCCUCUGCUAUUACUCCCAAGAUGUUAGAGAACUUCUUUUCUGAGAACAAAAGGAUUACCCUGUAUGAAUGUAUGGCACAAUUUUAUUUUCUCUGUCUUGCUGAAACUACAGACUGCUUUCUUCUGGCAGCAAUGGCCUAUGACCGCUAUGUGGCCAUAUGCAACCCACUGCAGUACCACACCAUGAUGUCCAAGACACUCUGCAUUCAGAUGACUGCAGGAGCCUACCUAGCUGGCAACCUGCAUCCCAUGAUUGAAGUAGGGUUUCUGUUGAGGUUAACUUUCUGUGGGUCUCAUCAAAUCAAUCACUUUUUCUGUGAUGUUCUUCCAUUAUAUAGACUUUCUUGUAUUAACCCUUAUAUCAAUGAAUUGGUGUUAUUUAUCUUGGCAGGAUCAAUUCAAAUCUUUACUAUAGUCUUAGUCCCUUAUUUCUACAUCCUUUUCACAAUAUUUACAAUGAAAUCCAAGGAGGGAAGAGGCAAAGCUUUAUCUACUUGUGCAUCUCACUUUCUCUCUGGGUCAAUAUUCUAUGGUUCCCUUCUCUUCAUGUAUGCUCGACCAGGUGCAGUUAAUGAAGGGGAUAAAGAUAUACCUGUUGCUAUAUUUUAUACUUUAGUUAUGCCUUUAUUAAAUCCUUUUAUUUAUAGCCUAAGAAAUAAGGAAGUAAUAAAUAUUAUGAAAAAAAUUAUGAAGAAGAGAAAAUUUUGUAACAUUCUGAAACAAGUGUCAUCCCCUCUGGCAACUUGAUAAUACUUUAUUUUAAAUCAAGGGAUAGUGAGGCAGUGUACAAGGCCACUUUGAAUAUAAAAUAUUAAAUUAUUUAAAAAUAAUGAUAUAUGAGUUCAAAAUGUUCAGAAAGGAGAAAUUCCUGUAAAAUAUACUUCAAAAUCUAAGCUACUAGGGUUCAU